AUUAAAUUAAUAAAUCAAUUUAAUAGAAGUAAAGUUGUCGUUGAUAUAAUUAAUAUGGGUUCAUUUUAAUUAUUUCCGUUAGUUGCUAAAAUGGCAGAGCCCGAAAUAGUUGAGGAUUUUUUCGGUGUUUAUUUAUUAUAUUGUAUAAAUCCAAAAUACAAAGGUAGAACAUAUAUAGGGUACACAAGAGAUCCAAAUAGAAGAAUUAAGCAACAUAACAGAGGGACGUGGGCUGGUGGUGCUUAUCGGACUAGUAAUAAAGGACCAUGGAAGAUGGUAAUGGUAGUGCAUGGUUUCCCAAACAAUAUAUCAGCGUUAAGAUUUGAAUGGGCGUGGCAGAAUCCUAAUAAAACAACGAGGUUGCAAUAUUUAAACUUAAGGAAAAUCCCACGAAAAGAAUCGGAAUUUAAGUUUAAGAUUCGAGUGUUAUCAGAAAUGCUACGAGUUGGUCCGUGGCAUCGACUGCCGCUGGUUGUCAGGUGGCUGGAACAAGAUUAUUACGAAGAGUUUCCACCUGAUAAAAAACCACCAUCGCAUAUGGUACUAACAAAUGGACCAGUCCGAGCGAAACUAUUGCAAAAAUCAGACUCGAAUAUAGCAACACUGGAUAUAAAAUGUUCACUCUGUUCUCUUAAUUUAAAUUCAAACAAACUGACAUGCUUGAAUGUAAACUGCGAACUGGUAACACACAUAACUUGUUUGGCGGAUGUUUUUUUAACAAGUGGGGAAUUUAUACCAAUUGAGGGCGACUGUCCCUUUUGCGGUAUGAAAUUGAAGUGGGGGGAUUUGAUAAGGAAAAUGAAAGGUUGUUCACAAUACACUGACGCAGAUGCAAUUGAUGAUGAAAAGGAGGAUGAUAGUGAUAAUGACGUAAUUUGCACUCAAGAUAGAGAAUUCGUGAACACUGAAUCUUGGCAAUUUGAUGAUGAAAAUUUAUGACGAAAUAUAAUCUUA